AGCAGUGCAGUCGGGCAUCGCAGCCCGCUUGAUCGAAACGUGCGCGCAGUGAAAGCGACGUGCUGUUGUGUCGCCAGUGUGUUAUACUGAAAUGUGACAGUGAUUUAGUGUGUUUACUCCUCUUUUGCACUAACUUUACUGACUUCUGUUUUGAGCCUAUCCGGAUGUAUCGCUAAAGUCUUACGAUGGGGCACAAGCAAUACCUGGCGGUGGGGCAGUCGGCCCGCAACCGGCUGUUCGGCCUCGCGCCGCGCCUGCCCGGGGACAAGAAGCCUCUGCCGCUCAGCAUGCUCAUCUCGCAGCAGGGCAAGAUCAGUCACGGUCGUCUCGCAGUGAUAACGUUCAGCUUAUGCACUGUGGUCCUCGGCGUCGUGCUGUCCUUCGUGCCGUGGUUGGAUUAUAUCAUAUUUAAGGAGCUGAAGCUGUGGAACGGCUCGCUGAGCUACAGCUACUGGCAGCGGCCGGGGCUGGUGCGCCUCACCAAGGUCUACAUCUUCAACGUCACCAACCCGCAGGGCUUCCUCGAGAACGGGGAGAAACCGAAGCUGAACGAAGUCGGCCCUUUCGUCUAUAGAGAAGACAUGGAGAAGGUGAACAUAAAGUUCCACGACAACGACACGGUGUCGUACCAGCACAACAAGAUCCUCCGCUUCGUGCCCGAGCUGUCGGUGGACAAGACUCAGAAGCUGGUGGUGCCCAACAUUCCGCUCUUGACGGUGACGUCAUUCUCCCCGAACCUGGCGGGCUGGCUCUUCAACCUGCUGGUCUCCGGGCUGGCGAUAACGUACCGCGAGCGAGCCAAACCCUUCGUGCACGUCACUGCUGAGGAACUGGUCUUUGGCUACGACGACCCCCUGGUCACCCUCGCUCACUACUUCUACCCUAAGGGAAAGCGUCCGAACAGCCAAAUGGGACUCUUACUUGCUAGAAACGGCACCCUGGACGAGGUUCACACCAUUAACACGGGCCAGCGCCUGGACAAGUUCGGCUACCUCGACAAGCUCAACGGGCUCGACCGCCUGCCCUACUGGAGGGACAGCCCUUGCAACAAUAUCAAGGCCUCAGAGGGCUCAUUCUUCCCUCCGCCCGCCCUCACCAAGGAGAAGACGGUGUACGUCUACGACAAGGACCUGUGCCGCAUCAUGCCCUUCACCUACAGGAAGGAUGUAUACAAAGAUGGCAUCCAGACGGGGCUGUACACGCCGCCGCGCUCCAUGCUGGAGGACGCCGAGGUGAACCCGGACAACAAGUGCUACUGCCAGGGGGAGAAGUGCCCGCCCCGGGGACUGCAGAACAUCAGCCCGUGCCAGUACAACGCGCCGGUGUACCUGUCGUACCCGCACUUCUACGACGCUGAGCCGUCUCUGCUGGAAGGCUUCGAAGGUCUGCAGCCCGAUGAAAAGAAACACGGAAGCUAUAUUUUGUUACAACCUAAAAUAGGGGUCCCCCUGGAAGCGCAGGUGCGGGUCCAGCUCAACAUCAAGGUGGACCGCGCGCCCAACAUCCGCGUCAACAACAUACACAAGUUCCCUGACAUCAUGUUCCCCGUCAUGUGGGCCCAGGAGGGAGUCGACAGUGUCUCCACUUCAAUAUGGCGGUGGAUAUGGCUAGGCACCACGUUUGGUCCCAUCGCUGCGCCUAUCAUCUCCUACUCCCUCAUCAUAAUUGGCCUAGGAGUGUUGAUCAACGUCUUCAUCAAAGCGUACAAAAGUUUCGUCAUCGGACAGAACUCGUUAGAGUUCGUCGAGUUAGGACGAGAAACCAUCAGACGUGGUUCCACGUUGAUAAUAAACAGUUCAAAGAUUAUUAAUAAUAAUAAAGAAGCUUCUUACCAACCUUUAAAUAAGUCUAAUAAAUCUAAAAACGAUAGAAAAGUAUCCAAAUAUGAAAAAACACAUAUCUCUACACCGAGGUGUAGCAAGGAGAAAAUCCAAGAGUUAAACUUUAUACAUAAAACAGAGAACUUAAGUUCGAGUAUAGACGAACUUAAAUCAUUAUUAAACAGAGAUUUGGUAAAAUCUCACUUUUCUGAAGCGGAAAAGGAGUCCCUUAUUCGCUCGGACAACACAUUCAUAAUGUCAGAACAUAGACGGAGUAGAGUGUACCAAGACUAUAAAAUACCGGAAGGUUAUUAUUAAAGUGUUUAUUAUUUUUAAGUGAUAUUCAGUUGUUUAUUUAUAACGGCUGAUGUGUGGAACAGACAGUGAUAUUAUUGUUUUAUAAAUAUUUUUUUUAAAACUGCGGUUUAAAAAUAAUAAUUAGGCGCCCCAGUUCGUAAAAUCAUUAAGACAAAUUUUUUUUAUUUAAUAUCUAAGAAUAGCAUUUAAGUUUAUUAGUCAAUAGGCAAACAAAAUAAUACUAUAAUAACUACGAAUAUUUUGGUAUUUUAUAUCCUGCAACCUUUAUUAUUUUUUUUUUAUAAAGUGAAAAAGGACUCAAUGAUUUUACGAACUGGAACCCAAGUAUUUGGUACAUUGUUUUUACAUAGGUUCCAAUAUUCUUUGUUUAAUUUAAACACGGAAAAUCUGAAUUAUUUCUUCAUUCACUUACAACUUUAGGCAAAUAUUUGAAUAUUAAAAAUUAAUUUGCCUGAAAUUGUCAAAAAAUUUCAAUAUCCUAUUGAAGUAUUUUUAUUUGUACUUAAUAACUGAUGUUUUAUAAUUAUGUUUGGUUCGUAAUAAUAAGUUUUGAAUUGCGCAAAAUUUGAGUUUAGAUUUAUGAAAGCUUAUAUAACUAAGUUGACAGCAGUGACUUACAAUUCAUAAGCAUUGAAAAUGCGUGGUAUGAAAAUGAACUAAUGAAUCCAUUUAUAAAUACAUAAAUCAAAUUAAUGACAAAGUUUGCUUGGACAGAAUAUAUUGAUAAGAGAGAGAAAAUAUAUAAGUAAGCUUUCGUAAAUAAAGUUUUAAUAUAAAAAAGUAAGUUCGUGUAGAAAUUUCUGAAUGUUUUCGUGUAGGUAUAUAAAUAUUUUUCUUUUUCCGAAUUUUCAUCACUAUCACAUUUCGCAAUCUGCACAAUCUAGGUUAUAAGAAAACACAUACACCAUUGCAAAUGCCUUUGAAACACCUCGAAAAUAAAUAGUACAAAACAAUU